ACAGUCGUUAGUCUGCAACCCACGAUGACGUGUCUAGGGCUGUUGUUGUCGCUUGUGUGUCUGUGUCUACAGGCCGGCCAUGGACACUCUCUGCUGCUGAAGAACAUGAAGAGACACCGAAGAGCGGCAGAGUGCGUCAUUGUCCUGCCAUCGCAGCAAGGGACUGUACUCUUUCCUGACCCGAGGGUACCCAGUAACAACUGUGACUACAGCGUGAAUCUCAAUGGCGGACGUGCGAACGUGACCCUUCACCUCACCCAGCUGGACCGACCGGCCUGCAGUCAGGGCGACUUACUGGACAAUCUGUUGGGCUUUGAACGCUGUGGCUCUGGCUACACCUGGCAAUUCAAGAACGUGAUGUACGUUAACUUCUCCUUCCGGGACCUCAGCCAAGGCCCUUUGGCCAUGUCCUACUCCGUUGUUUCUGGUACCACUGAUACUACAACGUCGGGCAACUAUCCUACAUUAACAACCACACCAAACUCUGUCUCUUCAUCAGACUUUCCUGUCACCGACACCACUCCCUCUUCAUUACCAGCAGCCUCCCCCGACUCUGGGAACUCCGUGUCCUACUCUCCAACUUUUGUCUCCCCAUCCAGCACCUAUGGUCUAUCAACCUUUACUUUCCCUCCAUCAACCACUGAAAACCCAUCAACCUUUACUUUCCCUCUAUCAACCACUGAAAACCCAUCAACCUUUACUUUCCCUCUAUCAACCACUGAAAACCCAUCAACCUUUACUUUCCCUCUAUCAACCACUGACAACCCGUCAACAUUUACUUUCCCUACAUUCAGCUCGGACAACCCAUCAACCUUUACUUUCCCUCCAUCAACCACUGAAAACCCAUCAACCUUUACUUUCCCUCUAUCAACCACUGACAACCCGUCAACAUUUACUUUCCCUACAUUCAGCUCGGACAGCCCAUCAACCUUUACUUUCCCUCCAUCAACCACUGAAAACCCAUCAACCUUUACUUUCCCUCUAUCAACCACUGACAACCCGUCAACAUUUACUUUCCCUACAUUCAGCACGGACAACCCAUCAACCUUUACUUUCCCUCCAUCAACCACUGAAAACCCAUCAACCUUUACUUUCCCUCCAUCAACCACUGAAAACCCAUCCCCUUUCACUUUGCCUCCAUUAACCACUGACAACCCAUCAACCUUUACUUUCCCUCUAUCAACCACUGACAACCCAUCAACGUUUACUUCGCCUCCAUUAACCACUGACAACCCAUCAACCUUUACUUUUCCUAUAUUUAGCACUAACAGCCUCUCAACCUCUACUUCUAAAUCCUUCGCAACAUCCUCAGACUACUCAACAUCCUCUGGAAUAUCUUUACCUGAUUCCUCUUUCACGUUCCCUCCCGUCACCACUACACCUGAACAACAAACCACUGAGGAAUAUUUAACCACAACGACCCUCAUAACAACACCAAAGAUCUUGACUACAUCAACGUUAACCAGCACGACAGCACCAACGACUUCUACAACGCCCACUGCAGUCCCUGUAACAACACCAACGACCCAUACAACAACAGUGCCAUCCACUACAAUAACGACACCAACAGUCUUCACAACUACUAAACCAAGCACCACAGUAACAACUACAAAGCUUUUAACAACUUUGACAACUACGCUGCCAACGACUACUACGACGAGAGCAGCAACAACAACAACAAGCAGACCAACCACUACAACUUCCAGGGUAAUAAUCACCACCACCACCCAAAAGCCCAAGUCAUGGUGGGACGAUUUCGUUGGCUCUGUUAAACACUUUUUUGGCUGAGACACCGCCCAGAACUACAAUCUGUGCAGAAGCCGAUGUCAAUAAAGAGAGAGGAGAAAUAAAGUCUUUGAAACUGUUGUAAAUUAGAAAAACUAGCAAUUGUAUCUCCCAUGCCCCUUAAAGACCGACUCAGUGGGAGAUACAGCAAAAUGGCUGCUGAUGUAAACACAUGAAAUAGUAAGCAAAAAUUACUAACCAUAAAGAAAAUAAUAAUCAACUAGUAAAAAUAAAUACCUGCCUCAACAAAGUCA